AUGAACUUUCAUUCAGUUGCUGAGCUAUUACCAUGGAUGUUAUUGUUAUUUUCUUUGACCGGCUUCGCGUCUCCCGUUCCAAACAAGGAGUUAGAUUGCAAAGGUCAACUUGAACGAUGUGAAAGAAAGAAGGCCGCCACCAGCAGACCAGUGUGCGGCACCGACAACAUUAGUUACCCGAGUAGAUGCACCUUGCUGCGGGUCCGAUGCUCUAACGACUCGCUGUUGCGUGUCAAGCACCGAGGACGAUGCAAAGAAAAGCAGCCCUGUUGGGUGAAUCACACUAUUAAAUCAGAGGAUCCAACUAGAACACCGGACUCGUAUAUGCCCAGGUGCAAAGCCGACGGCACAUACUUCCGGAUUCAAUGCCAUAAAAAGGAAGGAUAUUGUUGGUGUGUAACACCUGCGGGAAACAUGGUAUCCAACACCAUUGUUCGAGGACAAAAGCCGAAGUGUGAUAACGGAAGAGGCAAAUGGCGUAAAGGUUCUUUGAAGAAAGGAAGUAAUCCCAAAAGAGAAUGCAGUAAAAAUGAUAAAGCAAUAUUUGUCAAUAAUUUAGUCAGAAUAUUCAAAACGGAGUACAAUCGAGACCAAUACUCAGCACUAUUAAACGGUAAUCGUUCGCUGUUGGACCCGAUUACGUUGGACAAACGAGCCUCUGAAUGGAAAUUCAGUUCUUUGGACAUAGAUAAAAACGGAACCCUCACUAAAAUGGAAUACAGAGACCUAAAGAGAAUGGUUCGCAAAGUGGCCAAGCCUAAGAGAUGUUCCAGGACGUUUAUCCGCACGUGCGACACAGACCAUAACAGCGUAUUGUCGAAAAUCGAAUGGACUAAUUGUUUGUCAAUUGACGAAACAUUUUACAUAAAGUCAUCUGCAACCUCGACUUCGACGAUGACUAACACGUCUACAACUACUACUAGAACGACCGAAUUUCCCCCACCGGUCGACUACGAAGACAAAGACGACAGUGGAAUCGGUCUCGAGAAAGUACAUCCUGGAGACAUACUACAAGAAAGCGAACCUACACUUAAUGGCCCCCUUCCGGGUUUAAUAGCCGAAGGCGACGAAGAGGACAACCCCGAAGAUAAUGAUUGUUUAAAGGACAGACAAGAUGCAUUGGAUGAUCCAUCAACAUCAUCUCAAAAUUACAUACCAGAAUGUACAACAGAUGGAAGAUAUAAACAUGUUCAGUGUUACAAAUCAGUCGGUUAUUGUUGGUGCGCACAAGAAGACACCGGUAAACCAAUACCAGGAACCUUAGUGAAAGAUUUUAAUCCUAAAUGUGAUGGUAUUUAG